GAAAAGCAGCCUUCCGCAGCAAAAAACAGCGAAACCAACCAGCCCAUCCGCGUGAGCCCAGGAUCCAGCAAAGCAUCCCUACCCUUACAUAAUACCAGGGUUCGUCUCCCUUCGCUCACAGCAGCCUCACAAUCUCCAGGAGCGGCGGCGAAAUCAGAGGGGAGCAAUGGUCUCCUCUACACCUUACUCUGCUUUUGCAUUCAGUUUUUCUAAUUAGCACUGAAGAAUGAAUCUCCCCAUUCGUUGUUUCUCAUCUAUUAUAUGUAUGAAUUCAGGCAUCAGAGAAGAAAUUGAGCAACCCUAUGAGAGAGAUCAAGGUCCAAAAGCUCGUCCUCAACAUUUCUGUCGGUGAGAGUGGAGAUCGUCUCACCAGAGCAGCUAAGGUCUUGGAGCAACUCAGUGGCCAGACACCUGUUUUCUCCAAAGCAAGGUAUACUGUGAGAUCCUUUGGCAUCAGGCGUAAUGAAAAGAUUGCAUGCUAUGUCACAGUCAGAGGUGAUAAGGCAAUGCAGCUUCUUGAGAGUGGAUUGAAAGUCAAGGAAUAUGAAUUGCUAAGGAGAAACUUCAGUGACACUGGGUGCUUUGGUUUCGGUAUCCAGGAACACAUUGAUCUCGGGAUUAAGUAUGAUCCAUCAACAGGUAUUUAUGGAAUGGACUUCUUUGUGGUGCUAGAACGCCCUGGUUACCGAGUGGCACGCCGGCGUAGGUGCAAGGCUCGUGUGGGAAUCCAGCACAGGGUCACCAAGGAUGAUGCCAUGAAGUGGUUCCAAGUCAAAUAUGAGGGUGUUAUCCUUAACAAAUCCUCCAACAUCCAAUCCUAAUUUGAAUUUGUGUUUCAGCUGUCUGUUUGUUACAACUCUUUGCUUUGUUCCAGCCAUCCUUUAAAUUCUGCAACUUUAAUAUGCUAUUCAUUUUUGGUAGAUCACCUUGACUACAAGUUUUGUUCAGAGUAAUGAUAUUUGAGAAUGUGCUAUGCCAUUUGUAUC